AUGUCGCUCCCUCGUCUCUCCCUCUCCAUCCGAUCCGCAGAGUCUCUGCUCCACCGAGCACCGACUACGCGCCUUUCCCUCCCCCGCCGAUCCAUCACGCACUCCGCCACAUCCAGACAGCAACAACAACCUCCCCGACCAGCGACCAGCACCAACCCGACCUCUCCCACACCCUCCCCCGCCCAAGAGCGCGCCUCGCGCAUCGCCUCUCAGACCCCCUCGCACCAGACCACGGGCAACAUCUCGAAGACCGGCCUCUCCGACAAGCCGCUAGAGCUGGACGUCUCGACGGAGGAGAAGAUCGACUGGACGCGGUCCUUCCACGGACUCAGCGCGGAGCCCUUCCCCAAGGAAACCGCCGACGUGCUCCUGGCCCCGACCGACCCCGGCGAAGUCGAGAUCAAGCCCGACGGCAUCCUCUACCUGCCUGAGAUCAAGUACCGGCGGAUUCUGAACCGCGCGUUCGGGCCCGGCGCGUGGGGACUCGUGCCGCGCAGCGAGAGCAUCGUGACGCCGAAGACGGUGACGAGGGAGUACGCGUUGGUGUGUAAUGGGCGACUUGUGUCCGUCGCUCGGGGCGAGCAGGAUUACUUCACGCCCGAUGGCAUCCCCACCGCCACCGAGGGGUGUCGGUCCAAUGCGCUAGUCCGCUGCUGCAAGGACCUAGGCAUUGCCAGCGAGCUCUGGGACCCUCGAUACAUCCGCAAGUUCAAGGCGGAACACACCCGGGAGGUGUUCGUCGAGCACAUCGUGAACAAGAAGAAGUCCAAGAUCUGGUUGCGAAAGGAUGAUCCGGUGUCGUACCCGUGGAAGGAGACGAAUUCCCGGUGA